AUAUUCCAAUCAGUGCGCUAUCUUUUGUGGUGAUUUGACAUAAAAAUAAAAUCUCCUAAUUUCUUUAAAUUCUUAAAUCUGUUGCAGACUUUGGUUAUGAUUAGAUUUGGUUAAUGAUUGUGCAUUGCCUUUGAAUGGUGGUCUUGGUUGCUCUUCGGCAGACACCUAGGAAGUAGUUGCACCUCUCACAGAACCAUGCUGUGUUGCGUGUAAUAGUACUGAAAAAGUCCGUGCUUUAGUGUAGAGGGUGUAAACUUCCUAUUAUGCCAUUAUGGGAGAGAUAGUAAAUGUUCUGCUUUAUGUGCUAUAAUGUAGCAUCUCAAGUUCUCAUUCUAGGUUGUCAGGGUAUUUGAUGUGUCACUUUUCAGGUUCAAACGAUUUUUUGUUUCUUAUAUUACUUAAAAUUCAGUGAUUAUGGACACAGUCAAGAAUGUUCCUAUAUCUUAAUAAGGAAUCAACUUCUGGCACAUGUUUCCAAAAGGAGUAGAUUAAUAGGAGUCAGGUAACCACUUUGGUUUACUUAGCAAAAAAUAUUUUCGUGUGUGUAUCCUGUUCCUUUCUUGAAUUUGGAAUCUACUUUCAUCGCCCCAUUUUGUUUGUUGACCACGUUGAAGUGUUGAGUUUGUCCCUGGAUUUCAGCAUCACGUUUCCUAACAGCCAUCAGGUCAUUUGAAAGGUAAGCAACCUGAAGAAAAUUUUAAAAGGAAUACUGGAUUACAACCAUGAGAUUCUUGGGCAACAGAUAAAUGACUUCACCCUUCCUGACGUUAACCUGAUUGGAGAGCAUGCUGAUGCGGCGGAGCUUGGGAGAAUGCUUCAGCUUAUUUUGGGAUGCGCUGUGAAUUGUGAACAGAAGCAAGAAUACAUCCAGACCAUAAUGAUGAUGGAAGAAUCAGUUCAACAUGUUGUCAUGACAGCCAUUCAGGAGUUGAUGAGUAAAGAGUCUCCAGUCUCUCUUGGAAAUGAUGCUUACGUUGACCUUGAUCGGCAGCUGAAGAAAACUACAGAAGAAUUAAAUGAAGCCCUUGCAACAAAAGAAGAAAUUGCCCAGAGAUGCCAUGAGUUAGAUAUGCAGGUUGCAGCCCUCCAAGAGGAGAAGAGCAGCCUGCUUGCUGAGAACCAGAUUCUGAUGGAACGUUUAAAUCAAUCUGAUUCUAUUGAAGAUCCCAACAGUCCUGCAGGUCGUAGACACCUGCAGCUGCAGACACAGCUAGAACAGCUCCAAGAGGAAACAUUCAGAUUAGAAGCUGCCAAAGAUGACUAUCGAAUACGCUGUGAAGAACUAGAAAAGGAAAUUGCGGAAUUGAGACAACAAACAGAAGAGCUUACUACACUGGCAGAGGAGGCUCAGUCUUUGAAAGAUGAGAUAGAUGUACUCCGGCAUUCUUCUGAUAAAGUAGCCAAGUUAGAAAGCCAGGUAGAGUCAUACAAAAAGAAAUUGGAGGACCUGGGUGAUUUGCGGCGUCAAGUGAAGCUUUUAGAAGAGAAGAAUACAAUGUACAUGCAAAAUACCGUGAGCCUGGAGGAAGAGCUAAGGAAGGCCAAUGCAGCACGCAGUCAGCUGGAAACAUACAAGAGACAGGCAGUUGAACUACAAAACAGGUUAUCUGAAGAAUCCAAGAAAGCUGAUAAAUUAGAUUAUGAAUGCAAACGACUGAAAGAAAAAGUAGACAGCCUCCAAAAAGAAAAAGAUAGAUUAAGAACAGAAAGGGAUUCUUUGAAAGAAACUAUUGAAGAACUUAGAUGUGUACAAGCUCAGGAGGGCCAACUCACUACUACAGGACUGAUGCCUUUGGGAAGACAAGAGCCUUCAGACAGUUUAGCAGCAGAAAUCAUUACUCCUGAAAUAAAGGAGAAACUCAUCCGCCUUCAGCAUGAGAACAAGAUGUUAAAAUUGAACCAAGAAGGUUCUGACAAUGAGAAGAUUGCCUUGUUGCAGAGCCUUCUUGAUGAUGCAAACUUACGGAAGAAUGAACUGGAGACAGAAAACAGAUUGGUAAAUCAGAGACUUCUGGAAGUACAGUCCCAGGUUGAAGAGCUACAAAAAUCAUUGCAGGAUCAAGGUUCAAAAGCUGAAGAUUUUCUUCUGUUGGCUGCUGUUUUGCUUUAUACUAAUGUCAUCUCUGUUUCUUGGCAUGGGCUUCUGCUCAAGGCUAUUUCAGUUCUUCUGAAAAAGAAACUUGAAGAACAUCUUGAGAAGCUCCAUGAAGCUAACAAUGAGCUACAGAAGAAACGAGCUAUUAUUGAAGAUUUGGAACCAAUAUGCAACAACAGUUCACUUAAAAUUGAGGAAUUACAAGAAGCACUACGGAAAAAGGAGGAGGAAAUGAAGCAAAUGGAAGAACGAUACAAAAAGUACUUGGAAAAGGCCAAAAGUGUCAUCCGCACAUUAGAUCCUAAACAGAACCAGGGUGCUGCUCCUGAGAUUCAGGCACUGAAAAACCAGUUGCAGGAGCGGGACAGAAAGUUUCAUUCCCUGGAGAAAGAAUAUGAGAAAACAAAAAGUCAAAGAGAAAUGGAGGAGAAAUUUAUCGUUAGUGCCUGGUACAACAUGGGGAUGACUCUGCAUAAAAAAGCAGCAGAAGACAGACUGGCUAGUACAGGCUCAGGACAGUCCUUCCUGGCUAGACAAAGGCAAGCCACGAGCACAAGGAGAUCUUACCCUGGUCAUGUCCAGCCAGCAACAGCAAGUGAUGUGGUUGCAUGACCUGCAGCAUUAUUAUAACAGGGACUGUUCAGUGCAUGACUUGCUUUUCUGUCCAGACUGCAUAACCAAAACUUAACCAGUUCUACACUUAAGACUCAUGGCCAUCUGGUUUCAAAGGGGGAUCUACUUGCAGAGAAGCUUACCAUCCUGGGGAGUGGCUUUCCCAUUUCCCACUUCCACUUACUCUUUCUCUUCACAAAAAGUCUCCUAUGAGGCUAGAAGAGAGGAAAUCCUGUACUCACAACUCAACAGGAGGCGUUCUGCAACUGACAGAGCACUGUCAGCUCUCCAUCUUACUUCCGCCUGUCCACUUAAUUUAAUUCUGAUUAACAGUAUUAACAUACAGACUUCCUGCAACAUUUUCAUAUACCGAACUAUAAAAAUCUGGUCUUAAUGAAUUCCUAAAAAAGUCCUUUUGGUUACUGCUCAAAUUUCAAAGCACCUGCACCCUUAAAGGAUCCACUUUGAAUCUUUAAAGAAAUUAAGUAAAGCGAAGGAGGUGUUUUACCAGGAGAAAUGGCUAAUGAAUUGCUGCUUGGCGAUCCCAUCUUCCAUAGAAAACCAAGCAAGUUUCAUCUGAUAAUCUCCGAGCCAGGCAAACUACCGGGUGGUAUUUUGUUCACAGGCACUGCCUGCUUCCUUAAUAUGUAUAUAUACACAGUAGUUUGUGGCUGUUGUAUUUUUCUCUCUACAUUUGAGCUGUGUUGUUGGUUUCUUUCAGAAACUUUUUUUUCCAAUCUGUGUACAAUUGUUAAAACAAUCUGAGGAAAGACCAUGAAUGGAGAUAAGUACGAAAGUCAUCUACACUUUCAGUAUUAUGCAGACUGUCCUUGCCAGUUUAUGAUUUGGAUCGUUUAUCUUUCACCUGUACUGUUUUUUUCCUUUCUUUUUUUCUUUCUCUUGUCACAGUCUUAGCUAUUUAAUUUCCAAUUGCACUAGCUUGGCUGUUUCUUUGUAUUUUGAAGUUUAGCUAUAAGAUUUGCCAUAUGUAGACAGCAUAACUCAAAAUGCUUUGUACUGCCUAUAUUAAUUUAAAAAGCUGCUUAUUUAAUAUUCCUAAAUAUCUGCACAUUUGUACUACUGUAUCUUUGUUUUGUAUUGGACAUCCAGUACUGGCAAGAUUCAGAAGACGAGGGAGUGCUGUAGUAUUGUAAGUUAAGAGGUUUAUUGUAUAGGAAUUAGUACAUAACAAACAGGGAAAGGGGCUUUCAAGCCAUAGGAUUUGCUGGAAAAACUGAAAAGUCUGAAUGCUGAGUACCUUAAGCGGUUUGAUUUAAAUCCAGUUCUAGAGAAACCCCAUUCUUGCUCACCUGGAUCUUAAUCCUGGCAGAAAUAUUGAUAUGAACUCUGCUGCUUCCAGGAAUAGUUUUGCUUAUUUGGGCAGUAUAGAAGAACCUCCAGCCUUGUUUGCCAGGGGGGCACCCCCACGCUGAGGGAAGCGUUGUGUCCACUUGUCUCUGCAGUCUCUUCUGGUCACACACACAGUGCCUGCCUCGUCCCUGGCCCGUUGGGUGGGCUCUGACAGAGCCACACCUCGUACGCAGAGACGCCCGCUUGUGUCCAGUCCUCAGGGAUCCUGAUCCCACGGUGUCCGUGGCCUUGUGCAGAACGGCAUGGAGAAAGGACAAACGUGUGCCCCACCAGGGCGGGGUGGUCCGUGCUGCCUGGCAAAGGGAUGGGCAGGUAGGAAUGGGCUCCAAGCAGGCCAGGCAGCAGAGUGAAGGCUAAAACUAGGAUCCCAGUGAGAACUGUGGUGUUUUCCCUUCUGGAUACUCUAUCAGGUACUGUGGCUACCAGGUGCUCUGGCUGACAGCUGUCCGUAAAGGCUUCAGAUGGGGAUAUAUGUCUUUCCUGGUCCACCAGGGCCAGGGGCAGUGAAGUCUGACGUGACCUGCAGCCAGGAUCUGGGGUUUGGUCAUAAAGAGUCAAAUACUUGUGCAGUAGAGGCAGCAUCAUUUCAUCAGACUGAGUCCAGUAGAGAGCUGAAGGAUUUGUGUCUUUCCAGAUCCUAGCCAUUGAUCCCUUGUUGUGUGUCAGGGCAAGCCUUACUUAGGAAAACUUCUUUUAGUUGGGUGUUAAAGGCAUGGUAUGUUUUUCAUUUGCCAGUGCUGCUUCGGCUGGGACCACACCCUGCUCCAAGCCAGGCUGGGUGCAGGAUCCCUAAAAUCAGGGCUCUGUGCUGGGCAGGAGGGGAUUGCUUUUUUUGUGCACCUGCCUCCACAGGCGUCCCAAAGUGAUGCCGAGCAGUACCUCAUUUUUCUAAGUGGUCUGUGCAGAUUAGAGACUAAGUAUCAGUUGUUCUUGAGCCUUGAUGACAUUUGUAUGUAAGUGUGUUUAGCUUGACAAAAGUUCUUUGAGUUUACUAAUGCAACAGAGAGAUGCCAGGUGGAACCAGUCAAGGAGCUGGGUACUUUAAUUAGAUUAGCCUGGCAUCUCUAUCAUGAAGUGGUUGUGAGCUCUCAACUUAGAGCUGAUCUCCAGCAUGUCUCUGAUAUACUAACUUCAUUUGUGCUGCAUAGAAAACUCUCUUACCUUCUUAAUAGCAGCUUGUUUGACAGUCCUGAAUUAAGUGUUGAUCAAUUAUCAAAGUAAUAACUGUUUGUGAAGUUGCCAGUGAUAUAUUUUCUGUAAAAGAAUGAAUUCUUAGAGUGUCAAAACAUUAAUUUCCCAUUUCAGUUCAUCUAUAAAUCGUGUAACUACCAGAUUGUUAUGGUAGCAAUAUUAAUAUACAUACCUGUAUAUAGACAAAAAAAACCUCAUUAAUGAUAAUUGGAAUCAAAAAGUUUAAUAUUUUUUCCCAGUCAAAUACACUAAUGCUUCCAAGGUGAUAGAAGAAUGUACAGUUGUUAAACAAGUUGUAAAUAAACGCUUAUAUAAAAUGUAAA